UUGAAAUAUUUUAUUUGUGGUGGAAUUAGUCAAAUAAAGGCAUUAAGUACCAAGUAAUUUUAGUAAAUAGUCACAUUUAAGUACCCAAAUUUGCUUUUUCUUUGGCCAGAUUCUAUUUACUGUCAUUACUCUUCUCUCAGGCCAGAUUGUCACAUUGAGUAUGCAAUUGCUCAGUGUGGACUCAGCCAUCUUCUGCAUCAAUCUAUCUAAAUAUUUAUUGUCUUCUUCAGGCUGGAUUAAUGUAUUAUACACUAAACAGAGAUGGUUGAUCAACGUAUGGAUAUCUUUAGUAUCUUCCACAUGAUCAAGGCAGUCCAAAUUAUCAAUGUAAAUGUUUUAUCCUUUAAAUGACAAUUCCUGGGUGUUAUUUUAUGAUAUGAGGAUUCUUCAAAAAUCUUUGUGUGAUACAGUCUGCUGGAAACCGAUCAUAUUUUGAAGAAAGCUAUAUCAACCAACUAUGUUUCCAUCGGAGUAAGUUUGAGCACACUCUUGAUCCAAAAAUAACCCCGAACUAAAUCUGCCUGACCUCCUUGAAUUGGAACCCAUCUCAGUUUGCUUCCUUUCAUUUGGCUCAGAAGCUUGGUGCAGUAAUUCAUAUACUGAAUGUGUGGUUUUCCUUACUCAAUCUUCAGUAAAUAAAUAGAAUUCAACUUAGAAAGUUGAGGAUCCAGAUUGACUAUCCUCUUUAAGGUAUGUCUUCAUUUUUCAUCGUCCUAAGCCAAAAAAUACCAUCUGGGUGAAUCUUACGAUAAUGUGUUUAUAAUUCAUAGAGUCUGGCAAACUCCUAUUCUGCUUCUCCAGUUGAUCAACCUUCUGCUGGAGUUCAUACGCUGUGUGAGCCUUUCUUCCCUUCAGCUCACAUUCUAGGUUGGAGCAUGUC